AGUCCCAGGCAUUGUGGGAACAGAGUCUCCUCUUCCCGACGUUCCCUGCAGCUCGGGAGCCGAACCCGGAAGUUCCGGGUCGAGCUCCUGAUGCCAACGAGUCUCGUAAGGUGCGGCUGGAAACUGGGGACAUGGCAGCGCCCGGCCCAGCGCUCUGCCUCUUUGACGUGGAUGGGACCCUCACCGCUCCGCGGCAGAAAAUUACCAAAGAAAUGGAUGACUUCUUGCAAAAAUUGAGGCAGAAGAUCAAAAUCGGAGUGGUAGGCGGGUCGGACUUUGAGAAAGUACAGGAGCAACUGGGAAAUGAUGUGCUUGAAAAAUACGAUUAUGUGUUUCCAGAAAAUGGCUUGGUAGCAUACAAAGAUGGGAAACUCUUGUGUAAACAGAAUAUUCAAAGUCACCUGGGUGAGGCCCUAAUCCAAGAUUUAAUCAACUACUGUCUGAGCUACAUUGCAAAAAUUAAACUCCCAAAGAAGAGGGGUACUUUCAUUGAAUUCCGAAAUGGGAUGUUAAAUGUGUCCCCUAUUGGAAGAAGCUGCAGCCAAGAAGAACGCAUUGAGUUCUACGAACUCGAUAAAAAAGAAAAUAUAAGAGAAAAGUUUAUAGCAGAUCUACAGAAAGAGUUCGCGGGAAAAGGCCUCACAUUUUCCAUAGGAGGCCAGAUCAGCUUUGAUGUCUUUCCUGAUGGAUGGGACAAGAGAUACUGCCUGCGACAUGUGGAAAAUGACGGUUAUAGGACCAUUCAUUUCUUUGGAGACAAAACCAUGCCAGGUGGCAAUGACCAUGAGAUCUUCACAGACCCUAGGACCACGGGCCACUCCGUGACAGCGCCUGAGGACACACGCAGGAUCUGCGAACAGCUCUUCUGAUGCCGGAGCAGGAGUGGGGGGUUCCUGGCUGACAAGGCAGCGUGGGGCAUUCGGUGGCCAGAGCCGAGGGCCCACCCACAUGUUCUCACCUACCCACAGCCAGCCCAGCCAGGCUGUGUGCCCUGUGCCAGGAACAUGCAGUCUGGACCUCCACCCCUGACCCGCCAUGCCUCCACCUCCAGUGCCAGAAGCUUCCAGAAGGAAGGAGAAAAGAUUUGUCAAGAAUGGCUCAGAAGAAUACCUCCCACAGAAGGUCUUCCCCACUGACCCCCAGUCCCCUAGUCUAACACCCACCUAAUACAUGCAAUCACAUAGUUUUGGGGAAAUUUCCCCAUCAUCCUAGGACGAUACAGGAAGAAAAAAAUGUGCCUGGACCCUCCCUCUCUUGGUUCUUUUGAAAACAUAAACGGUUUUUUGGGUUUUUUUGAGACAGAGUCUCGCU